AUGUUUGCUCGUCGCUGCACUCGUCUGGUCUCCUCGCGGACGGCCGUGUCCUUGACCUCGUACUUGGCCCGUGUCCGACCAUACUCGUCCGGCCCAAGCUAUGAGCACAUCCUCACCUCUACUCCGAAACCUGGAGUUGGCUUGAUCACCCUCAACCGACCCAAGGCUCUCAACGCCCUGUGCAGCCCUCUUUUCACAGAGCUCAAUGAAGCUCUCAGCAAGUAUGACAAUGACAAGGACAUCGGGGCGAUCAUUAUCACAGGCAGCGAGAAGGCUUUCGCCGCCGGCGCCGACAUCAAAGAAAUGGCCCCAUUGAGCUUCGCCGCCGCCUACACUGAUAACUUCAUCGCGCCAUGGUCUCAUCUAGCCAACACGAUCCGCAAACCCGUCAUCGCCGCUGUCUCCGGCUACGCCCUCGGCGGCGGCUGCGAGCUGGCCAUGAUGUGCGACAUCCUAUAUUGUACCUCAAACGCGACCUUCGGCCAGCCGGAGAUCAAGCUCGGCACCAUCCCCGGUGCGGGGGGCUCGCAGCGCCUGACCCGAGCCGUUGGUAAGAGCAAGGCUAUGGAGCUUAUUUUGACGGGCAAGAACUUCAGCGGCAAGGAGGCUGGUGAGUGGGGUCUCGCGGCACAAGUUGUGGAUGGUGGGAAGGAGGAGCUGCUUGAGGUUGCUCUCAAGACUGCCGAGACUAUUGCUGGAUACAGCCGUGUUGCCGUCGUUGCAGGCAAGGAGGUUGUGAAUAAGAGUCAGGAGCUGUCGCUCCGGGAGGGAGUUGAGUAUGAGCGGAGACUGUUCCACAGCCUGUUUGGCAGCAAGGAUCAGAAGAUUGGUAUGACUGCCUUCGCUGAAAAGAAGAAGCCCGAGUGGUCCAACGAAUAA